CCUCUCAGUGUCUCUUUCUUUUUCUGCCUUUCGGUGGCUGUUUGGCUUCAGUGGGUCUUUGCCAUCGCACUACAAUGACUGCUGUAGCUGUAGUCUCCCUGCAGUGAGCAUUCUGAGGUUAUGCUGCCCGAAAGUUCCCAGUUGAGUCUGAGUGAAAGAGAAAAGGGCUAAAGCCAGCGCACUUUACAGCACCACCCACAAACCUGACCGUAAGCAAUGAGUGACCCUCAGGAUGCCAGUGACCUCACUUCUGCCGCAGGCUUGACGAGACAUUUGCCUGUUGCAGUGCAUUCUUCGCCCCAACGAUGUGAUGAUGAUGAUGAUGAAGGGGACUUGAACAAGACACUGGGAGUGCAGCGCUUCCAGCAGAUCCUUACACCUGCCCAGCGCGUGCCCAUCGAACAACACCGCACCUUUAAUGAGGAGGACUUUGAGUAUCACCGUCACACCUCUCUACACAUUCACCACCCUCUGUCUAAACACCUCCCAGAGGUCCGGAGGAAAAAGCCCGGAAGAAAGCGCAAGGACUCAGGACGGAGGAGGAGUUCAUCUAUGGGAGCAGCUCCACCGAUAGAUGAGGAUGACGAGGAUGAAGAGGUGGAUGAAGAUUCCUGUAGCCAGCAGGAUAAAGAGGGCAAUGUCACCACCACACCUACACCGGACACGGACACAGAGGUGGAUGCUGAGCGGGCACAGUUUUUUGUAUCAGAAGAUGAUCCUGACUCCACUGUAAAGAAGAACGGUAAAGUCUCACCACAUCGAAAGCUGCCAAUCAUACCCCAUUCGGUGCUACACACCAGUAUCAGCAUCCCAGAAGAUGUUACAACAACCGCGGGCAGAAAUUGGGUUCGUAAUCUGCCCAAUGGCAGACGAGUUUCUGCACCAUGUUUGUUUCCAAGUUUGAGUUCGCCAGACGGCAGCUUUAAGACACGCAGCUAUGAUCUGCAGGAGCGCCGCCGCACAGGCAACAUGACGGGCACCGCACUAGAACACUACCAAUGCAUGCCCACUGACGAGAGCGAGGCGCAGACACUCGCCACGGUUGACCUGGAUGGCAUUAAAAGUCACAGGUUUGAAGAUGUCCCUGGUGUGCGGCGGCACCUGGUUAAGAAGAGUGCUAAAGGUCAGGUGGUUCACAUCGGCAAGGACCACAAAGAGCCCAACAGUCGUAUCCGGACCAAGUUGGAUCGAACCCCACAUGAGGUGUUUGUUGAGCUGAAUGAGUUACUGAUGGAUAAGAACCAGGAGAUGCACUGGAAGGAAACAGCUCGUUGGAUAAAGUUUGAGGAGGAUGUGGAGGAGGAGACAGAGCGCUGGGGCAAACCUCAUGUAGCUUCACUCUCAUUCCGCAGCCUGCUGGAGCUCCGCAAGACCAUUUCUCAUGGUGCAGUGUUGUUGGACCUGGACCAGAAGACGCUGCCUGGUAUUGCUCAUCAGGUUGUGGAGCAGAUGAUUAUCUCAGAUCAGAUCAGAGCACAGGACAGAGCCAAUGUGCUCCGAGCCCUGCUCCUCAAACACAGCCAUCCAAGUGAUGGCAAGGAGCACAGCUUGUUUAACCGGAACAUCUCAGCAACCAGCCUUGGCUCUCUCAUAUCUCAUUACCAUAGCAGUAACCAUAUCGCCGCGCCGGAGCCCCCUGCCACAGACCCGCUCAUCGGAGGACUACGUAACUUUGAGUCACGCAGUAGUGUAAACUUAGAUAAGAAUGAGAAAGACACACCCCAGUUUUUUGGUUUGCACAAGACCAAAUCUAAACAUGAGCUGAAGCUGCUUGAGAAGAUUCCAGAGGAUGCAGAAGCAACGGUUGUCCUUGUGGGUAGUGUGGAUUUCCUGGACCAGCCCACCAUGGCCUUUGUGAGACUGCAGGAAGCGGUUCUGUUAGAGUCAGUUCUAGAAGUGCCGAUUCCAGUGCGGUUUCUUUUCGUGCUGCUCGGCCCACCCAGUGCCAACAUUGACUACCACCAAAUCGGCCGCUCCAUAUCAACACUUAUGUCUGAUAAACACUUCCAUGAAGCGGCGUAUUUGGCAGAUGAGCGGCAGGACCUGCUUACAGCCAUCAACAGCUUUCUGGACUGCAGUAUUGUGCUUCCUCCAUCUGAGGUUGGAGGAGAUGAGCUGCUGCAUUCUAUCGCUCGCUUCCAGAAAGAGAUGCUGCACAAGAGACAUGAGCAAGAGGUCAAACUACAGGCCAAGGAACUCAAGAGCCCCGAGGACAUGGCUCUUCAUCCUCCUCUGAAACCUGAAGACGAUCCUCUUCGGAGGACGGGUAGGCUGUUUGGCGGGGUUAUCCGAGAUGCACAGCGCCGCUACCCCAAAUACAUCAGUGAUUUUAAGGAUGCCCUGAGUCCUCAAUGCAUGGCCUCUGUCAUAUUCAUUUACUUUGCUGCCCUUUCUCCUGCCAUUACCUUUGGAGGACUAUUGGGUGAAAAGACAGAUGGUUUGAUAGGUGUGUCAGAGCUGAUUAUUUCCACUGCCGUGCAGGGAAUGUUGUUCUGCCUGCUUGGGGCUCAACCUCUGCUGGUGGUGGGCUUCUCUGGACCCCUGCUAGUGUUUGAAGAGUCCUUCUAUUCCUUCUGCAGGUCCAGUGAAAUCGAGUAUCUGACAGGACGUGUGUGGAUUGGAAUCUGGUUGGUCAUCAUUGUUGUUCUCACGGUGGCCUUUGAAGGGAGCUUCCUUGUGCGAUUUGUGUCACGCUUCACCCAAGAGAUCUUUUCCUUCCUUAUCUCACUCAUCUUCAUCUACGAGACCUUCUUCAAGCUGGGCAAAAUCUUCAUGGAUCAUCCUCUCGGAAGCUGCUAUGGACGAGAAGAAAAUGACACUGCUUUACCAACACCCACAAGUGACGGCAGGUCUCCAGAUGCCUCUCAAACCCUAAACCAGCCAAACACAGCCCUCCUCUCCCUGGUGCUCACGGCUGGCACCUUCUUCAUUGCCUUCUAUCUGCGUAAAUUCAAGAACAGUGCUUUUUUCCCUGGCAGGCUCCGAAGGGCUAUUGGAGAUUUUGGAGUUCCUAUUGCAAUCUCCACCAUGGUUCUGUUGGACUACAGCAUUAAGGACACUUACACACAGAAACUAAGUGUGCCUGAUGGCUUCUCUGUGACCAGCCCGGAUAAGCGUGGUUGGUUAAUACACCCACUGGGCUCAGAUGGCCAGUUCCCCAUUUGGAUGAUGGUUGCCAGCAUUCUACCUGCCCUGCUCGUCUACAUCCUCAUUUUCAUGGAGACUCAGAUCACCACUCUUAUUGUCAGCAAGAAGGACAGGAUGCUAGUUAAGGGUUCAGGCUUUCACUUGGACCUGCUGAUCAUCGUGGUCGCGGGUGGUGUUUCAGCGCUGUUUGGGCUACCGUGGUUGACCGGUGCUACUGUUCGUUCGGUAACUCAUGCAAAUAGCCUUACGGUGAUGAGCAAAGCUGUUGCGCCUGGUGACAAACCCCGCAUUCAGGAAGUAAAAGAGCAGAGAGUAACAGGAUUUCUGGUGGCUUUUCUAGUAGGUCUCUCCAUUGUGAUUGGAGAUGUUUUGCGGCAGGUUCCUAUCGCUGUGUUAUUUGGUAUAUUUCUCUAUAUGGGAGUGAUGUCUCUAAAUGGGAUCCAGCUAACAGAACGCAUGAUGCUGCUAUUAAUGCCACCGAAGUACCAUCCUGACCACACCUAUGUCCGCAAGGUGCGUACUCUACGCAUGCAUCUGUUCACAUGUUUGCAGCUGGUGUGCCUGGCUGUGCUGUGGGUUGUAAUGUCAACCUCGGCCUCGUUAGCCUUCCCGUUUGUUCUUGUCCUCACUGUGCCAUUCAGAAGGUUCCUGCUGUCCCGAAUAUUUACUCACCGUGAGAUACAAUGUCUUGACGCAGAUGAUGCAGAGCCUUCAAUUGAUGACAGAGAAAGCCAAGAUGAAUACACAGAGAUGCAAAUGCCAGUAUGACCUCAUUCCUCUCAUGUCACUACCUGGGCUUGCCUGACUUUUUUUUUUUCAGUCAGAGGCAUCCAGAUGUACUGCCUGUCUUUUUUGAUUAACCAGUUUUUGUCUCCAUUUU